GUAAGGUCAUAAACAUUGAACAACAUUGGUGGCUUUUAAAGGGUCUGCAAACAUUGGAUACAUUAAUUAGUCAUGAACCUGAGUCAGUUGGCUAAUUUCUGCCGAUGUUGAUUUUACAAAAUCUUUGUAGCAUGGAAUAACUGAUGAAGAAUAAUUCUUAGCUGCAAUCUUACAGGUUUUAGGUUUUGUUGGCUUGCCACACCGGAAGACUUUGAGGAAAAACAGAAACUAAAUGUUUCAACCUUGGAAUGUUUAGCCAAAGCAUUAAGUAAAAAACCCCUUCAUUCCUUGCUGAAAUUGCUUUGACUCCAAUCCUGCAAGAAAUUAAAAGUCAGAGCAGCUUUGUGAAGCUAAUGUUUCUGGAACUUCAACAAGGAUGUUGGUGUUUCGUUUGUCAGUGAUGAUCAAGCUUUUCUUCCAGUUGGAUGCAUCUGUUUGUCCUGAGAAGUGUGACUGCUCUUCAAAAAAUGCAAUUUAUUGCUCUGGUCCCCACAUAAAAGACCUGGAAUUGUUAAAUCUGCCUUGCAACAUGACAGAAAUUCACAUAACAAACGCUAACAUAUCGUACUUGCAGGAUGUUUUUGCUAGGAUGGAGGAACUGCAGCAUCUCAUCCUGUCUUCAAACAACAUCGCUCUGGUUUCACCAAUGGCUUUUAAAGGCUUGGGAAGGCUAAAAGUCCUCAAACUGCUGGAUAAUAAGCUGGUUGAACUUCCCCCAGAGGUAUUUGAUGACAUAGUGCAGCUUCAGCAAUUGAUCAUUGAAAGUAACAGGUUGAAAUCUAUUGAGGAAAAUCUGUUUGACAAACUGGCUGGUUUGCAGGAGCUUUACUUGAACAAAAACCAACUAACAGCACUUCCCAGUGGUGUGAUGAAGAAACUCACCAAACUCAGAAUACUGAACUUGUCAAGAAAUUACUUAGCAGCACUGCCUAGAAAUAUAUUUAGUGCAUUAGCCAGGCUUGAGAGGCUGAUGCUGUAUAUUAAUAGGCUGUCUUCAAUAGAGUCUGGGAUGUUUGAUAGCCUGAAGGAGCUGCAGGAGCUUUUCCUGCAUUCCAAUAAUAUCCAUUCCAUUGCCCCUGAUGCAUUUCACUGUCUUCCUAAACUAAGAACGCUGACGCUUUCCAGGAACAGGCUUCAGGUUUUGCCUUCUGGGCUUUUUUUGCGCUUGCACGACCUGUCUAAACUGACCUUGUACAGGAACCCACUGAAGGCUCUUCCAGAGGUACUGUUUGGAGAGAUGAGGCACCUUGGUAGCCUAUGGCUGUAUCAUACAAAGCUCUCAACAAUACCAGAUUUUGUGUUCAGUAACUUGACAAAUUUAGAGCUUCUUGUGCUGAGUUUUAACCCAGAGCUUACGGUUCUUCCUAGGAAUGUGUUCAGUGGCCUGAAUGAACUGCGGAGCCUUUCUCUCCAUACAAGUAAUAUUUCCAGUUUGCCAGAGGGAAUCUUUCUGAGCCUUCAGAAACUGCAGAACAUUUCCCUCUUUGAUACAAGGCUUGAGGUUCUUCCUAGAAACCUCUUUCAUAAUCUCAAGCACCUCCAGAAAGUUUACCUGAAUAGUACUAACCUGCAGUCUCUUCCUGCAGACUUCUUUACCACUUUACCUGAGCUGGAAGAAGUUGUCCUUGACGACAACCCUUGGAAAUGUGAUUGCCAAAUUCUUGGUUUCCGAGAAUGGCUCCAAAAGAGCACAGCAAUAGUUAAAAAUGUGCCAUCUCUGAUGUGCCACAGCCCAAUGGCACUGCAGAAUAUUUCUCUUGUGUCUCUAAGCAUCGAUGACCCGGAGUGCCUGCCAACCACAGCUAUGACCUAUCAGACGUUCAGCUCAACUUUGACAUCUCCUGUGGCAGAACACUUCACAUCAUCUCAGGAGACAGUGCUGUCUGACGUGGAAAUCACCAGCAUACCCACAUCAAUUCCUCCUGCAGCUCCAGGGUUUACCUACUCCCAUGUUGAAGAUGUUGGACAACCUGGGCUACAUUUCUCAGAUGUUCCAGUCCAAACUUCUCCCAGCAUCAUAGCACGAACCAGCAGUGUUAAAGGGACAGAUUUAACUACUCUUGUCUGGUGGGAUGAGUUUCCAGCCCACAGCAGUGCUAAACCCUAUUUUAAUACCAGAGUUACUUAUUGCCAGCUAUUCUUGUGUGUUCACAGUUUGAUUUUAACACUCCAGACUGUAGUUAUUGUGCUCAGUCUGUAUGUGGUGGGCAACACCAGGCAACUCUUCCUCUCUGGAAAUAUUCCUGCUCAGCCUGUAGUUCUGAGAAGAAUAUUAAGAAGAUAGAGAAAUCUAGCCCAAGAAAGAACUGGAAGUGUUGCUUUGGAUGCUUUUGGAACAUUUGAGCAGUUAAUACUCAAUUAAGAUAUGGAUUACAGGUCUUCAUAGCAAAGACCAUAAGGACCUUGUCUUUAUAACAUAAUGGAAAUUAGUUUUAUGCACCUUGCAGCAUUUCCCAAGAGUGGCUGUAAUCACUGUAAAUUGCUACAGCACUUAGUGCAUGAACCCAGAGGGCAAGAUGGAAGUACUGUGGUCACCUCCACACAUGUGCUGUGGGUUUCCUGCCUUGGAGUGCUGCCCUGUCCUCUGCCAGAGGCUGCUGCCUGCUGAGUGUUCACUGCUCAGAUGGAGUGCCAUCAAUGGAGGAACUCUCACAUAGGAACAUGGCUUCAGCUGUGCUUUAGAGAUCGCCCAAAGAACUCCAAUAAUAUUAUUUCCUCUACUGCCUGCAGUCUUUUGUCUCCUUACUGAGAAAAAAAUGGUGGUUUUGGGAGGAGAUGCUGGGAAGGACCUUUAAACAAUGGGGAUGUGUGCAGAAUGGUGUGGUGCAAGUGUCUUAACUUCUGCUUUCUGUCCUCAGCCCCUUUCCAGGACGUGGCAUGAGGAAGGGGUACCAAUUAAAGCUAACAGCAAGGGAAGAUGCUGAGCUAGGAAGUAUAAUCAUGAUGUAUUUUAUUGUUUGAUUGGAGGUUUUCUGAAAACUUUGUAAAGUUCCUACAACUCUGAAUUUUAAGUAAACACUUUCAUCCUUAAA